CAAGUCUCUACUGCUCUGUUUGUAUACUCAACGUUCUUAUUUAUAUAUAGGGUGCCUGCAAUAGACCACUGCUUUUGCCCAGCCGCAACCGCACAAGUCUUGACAACCUUGAGUUUGCUCUACGCCACUUUUACUGCGCUUUCCCAUAAGUAAGCUAAGUAUUAAGUAGCCUAUGCCAGCAAGGCAACAACAGAUCCCACCGGCCCGAACGGGUCUUUGCCUUUCUUAGGGGUCUCUUCCCGAUCCGUUUGCCAUGUCGUCCGCCCCAGCCCAGCCAGCGCUGCCGGGCGCUCCUGCCGCUACAAUUGCAGCACUACCUCAGGAUGGCUCUGUGGUAAAGAUGAAGGGGCUUCCCUUUAAGGGCGGCAAGGAGGACAUCAUAAAGUUCUUUGCGGGUUUCACGCUCCGGACGGACCAGGUGUACCUGCGCAAGCACCCUGAUGGCAGGCCAAACGGCGAGGCCUUUGUUGUUUUUGAGAACAGCGACGAGGCUCGCCGUGCUACACAAAAAGACCGUGAGACGUUCGGGGAGAAGUUCGGGGACCGCUACGUGCGGGUGUACCCAACUCUCGAUUCAGACAUCCCGGAUAUGCAAGCAGCCGUGGCGCAAGCGCAACAGCAGGAGCAGGCGCAGGGAAGUGGCAGCCACAGUCAUGGCGCUCAUUCAGACAGUGUUGUGAAGAUCAAGAGCCUGCCAUUCGACGCCACCCAGCUUGACAUCAUUCAGUUUUUUGAGAGCUUCAAGCUCAAGCCGAAUGGCGUGCAGCUUGUUGUUCGAUCCGAUAACAAGCCAACUGGCGAGGCAUUCGUGGACUUCGAGACUCCAGAGGAAGCAGCGCGCUCCAUUAAGGAGAAAGACCACAAGAUUUUCUCCGAGAAGUUUGGGGAUCGCUAUGUUCGCUUGAUACAGGUGUCACGCAAGGAGAUGCAGGCCACGCUGGCGCUGCGCUUCGGCGGGGAGGGCGUGCUCAAGAUGAAGGGCAUUCCCUUCAAGGCCACCGCCAUGGACGUGCGGAAGUUCUUUGCGGGCUACAAGAUCAAGCUGGAGGGCGUCAGCUUCAUCAUGCACGCGGACGGGCGGCCCACGGGAAUGGCCUUUGUGGAGUUUGAGACACCCCAGGAGGCCGUGCGGGCGAUGGAGAAGGACCGCCACAAGUUCGGGCCGGAGUACGGUGACCGCUUCUGCAUGCUGCAGCUGGUGGGGCGGCAUGAGAUGGAGAAGGUCACGCUGCAGCGUGAGAACGAGAACACAGCGAACAAGCUGCUGAACGGCAUCAACGUCCUGCAGGCGGCCGCAUUCGCCACGCAGGCGGCGCUCAACAACCCUGCGUUGCAGCCCAUCCUCAUGGCCGGCUCCAACCCCUGGCUCAAUCCCAUCUACCAGGGCAUGGGCCUGGUCAACCACGCGACCACCAACCAAGCCGCCGCAGCAGCCGCGCUCGCUAACGCGCAGCUGGCGCAGGUGCCGGGGGCCUCCCCCAGCAGCCCCAUGCUGGACGCCACGUCACUGUCCGCCGCGUCGCAGUACGGCGCGCCGCUUUCCCAAGGUCCGCCUUCAUCCCUGGUGAACAGCGGCAUGAAUGCAGCCACGCUGAGCUUGUUACAGCAGCAGCAAGCGGCGCAGGCGGCGGCACUUCAGCCUGGGUCGGGACCAGGAAGCGGUGUAGACGCCGCGUCGGCAGGCUGGGCGCUGGACCCCGCGGCAGCCGCAGCAGCAGCCGCGACGAACAACUUCCAGUUGCUCUACCAGAACACCGGCGCGACGGCACCGCCGGACUGGGCGCGCGCGGCGGCGGCAGCUGCGGCGGCGGCAGACCCAAGGUUAGUGCCGGGGCUGGCGGCGGCUGGGCUGGGCGCGGUGCCGGUCAGCAGCGUCGCGCCUCAUACCCUGGCGACGCCCUCGCCACCGGACCUGGCGGCUAUGAAGACGCAGGCUGUAACCUCCCAGUUGCCCCCGGUAGUUUCGGCGCUUGGUAGAACGCUGGGGAUGGCGCCGCCACAGCUGCGGCCGCCGCUGUACGGCGCUCCUAUUUCUGCUAUCCGCCCCGACGCCAUGGCCAUGCCGCCAGCUGCUGCAUUAGCUGCGACGGCGGCCGUGGGUAUUCCGCCUGCGGUUUCGGUAGCUGUGGAGGAUACGGCGGCGGCGCUUGCCGCCGCUGGCCGCUCUGUGUUAUAGGAGGCAUGGCGCCUGCUAGGUAGGAGGACGCAGCAGCCGAGACGCUAGCGAUUAUUAGUAGCACGAACGGGCGCCUUUGUUACAAGCAGCCUUUGUAGCGGCAGUAAGAAGUGUAUUUUGCUGUUGCUGUGAGUCAUGAGAUAUGCGUUUGGCCCGCGGUUUGGGGCUGUGCUAUUGGCUACUCUCUGUGUCUGCCUUCUUGUGAAUGUGGUUUGGAUGUUGCUGCUGUAUCCUAACCCAAUUGAAAGGGAGGUAUUCCAAGUCUUCGACCAUGCCACACGUUUUGCCUACUUUUGUAUGUAAGCCGUGUUUGUUGGGACUUUUGCAACUGUUGCUCCUGCUUGCUCUGCUGCUGUUGGUGAUGAUAACGAUCCUGACCCACUUCAAUACACACAGAUAAGACUAUUGUGAGAGGCGUGGUUUCAGCCUGUGUGAAAUUAUGCGCGUGUGGUGUGUGCUGGCGCCGCAUGCCUUCCCCCGUGAGCCGAGCGAGUGAGGGUUAUGUUUGUUUUUGUGGUUGCUAGCUUAGCGAGGAGAGCUGUUUGGGGCCUAAGACCUGCGCGCUUUUGGCCCUGUCGAUGCAGUAUGGUGUCGGUUGGUGAAGAGGAUGGGAGUGUGUGGCCAGCGAAUAGCUAUGGUUCGAUCGCUUAUAGUUUGUUUACGUUUUGACAUCCUUUUGGUCCCACACUUGUCGGCUUGUCGGCUGCUUGGGCUCCUUGUGACUGCAUUUUUCGUGAGUCUGCCGCAGACGGCCGAGGGGUGUGGGUGUGUGUGCUGUGUGUCGUGGUGGUGGUGGUGGUGGUGGUGAUACGUUGUUUGCCGGACUGGCAUCUCCGUUGCGCCUCCUUCUGCAGUGUGGUGCGGUGCUGUGGACGCCUCUGUUGCGUCUUGUCGUGUUGAGCGGAGCUUAAUAUGUCUAACUAUCAGGCGAGUGGUGUUUUUCCUCCUUUGUGUGUGUAGCACUGUGUGAAGUCAUUGUAGCCCUUUUGUGGGGUAAGCUGCUGCUGAUGCUGCUGUUACUGGGAGAAGAGCAGAAGCCAAGGUCACGUCACUGGCUGUAUAGUUCUCUGACCUGUGUCUUGGUCACGUUCCGUCAACGCAAAAGGCAUAAAGCCUUAAGCCCAGAACGCGUUAUACGUGGGUGCCCAGGGCCGUGGCACCCGGCAUCCCGUCUUAUGCUGCUCGGUUGGGGUGUCUCUCUGCCCGCUCUUAUUGACCCUUAUUGCGCUACAGCUUUUGUCGUACGCCCAUGUCUCUUUUGGUUGAAAGGUAUUGGGUAUUGGCAUUACAACUCCAGGUUUUUGCCCCUCCUUCGCGGGCUGUGCAGUAUACAAAGGGACUUGACGAGUCUUUACCUAAUCAUGUGGAGUGAUGAUGAGGCGUCCUGCAACGGUUUGCUGGCGGGUUAGCUGAACUAGGUAUUCUUUAGAGUGCGGCUUUGGCCAUCCUCCCCUUCAAAUGGACAAACCCCUUCUGCUGUUUGCCCUGCGGGCGGCGCGCUUACGUAAGCCACUUUGUGCGUGUGCGUUCUGUGUGGUCAUAAGGAAUGGAAGCAUGCAGCUGUUGGACGCUGUUUCGGUCCCGUGUUUUAUGGUCAUGUGUGAGAGGGCCGACGCGUGUUUUGUGCUGCAGUGGUGCUGCGCUGCUUUUGUCCAGAUGGGUAAUGUCCUGAUUAGGCAUAUGCUUUUAUUCACGAAAAGCAUUAUAAAACAGUGUUCGAGGAGAAACAACACGUUUUGUCGAGUCAGGACUGGUUUGUCAUGUGUCCUUUUGUAUGGUGGUGAAUACACAUCAUGCCUAUGUUGCGCGGUUUCGGUUGGCCUUUUUCCAAGUAUCGACAGUUGUCGAUGUAGGCUUCUCCUCACCGGCCGCGGUCAAGUUAAGGUUCAGUAAGUCGAUAGCUUAGUAGCACAGAAGAGGAUCAAGAUCGUCGAUGACUUGCGCCCCAUUUUAGGUACGGGGCAACAGACACGCCGUACAUGGCGUGUGUGGUGUAUCGGGCCCGCCUGUUGUAGGGGGCCGCUGUACGUUGCUACUGGGGGAUAUUCUCUUGGCCAUCGCAUGUGCCCAACAUGCGGGGUGUUAAAAGCGGAUGUAGCCCUUCAUGGCUCGGCCUUGCCUUGAACCCAUGAAGGGGCUCAGAAGGCGGGUAUCGCAAGAAACGGGUAUGCUGGCCAAUUGCCAGCUGCCUGUGUAACCUCUUCACCUGCUGUUUGUAACCCACUUGGGAAACGGAAC